AGGUCCUUAAGAUUCACCGAGGGCCCCAUGACCUGUGUAAUGCUCACUUUACUCUCCAGGCGCUAGUACUUGCCUGUGGCAUGCGAAAGCAGUGGAAGAAAGAGUUUGCCGAAUGCCCCACUGAAGCAGCUCAGAUUAACCGUUUGAAGUCUAUUCUAACCAGUCUUGGCAUGAAAGGUCGAAUGAGCAUGGAACAAGCCAAGGCCAUACGCGAGAAACGAGAGUUGAAAGCUGAACUUGACGACGUCAUUCGAUUUGAACGAUCGAAAGGCGUCAACGCUCAGCAAUCUGGAUCAUCUCAAGCCGGAGACGAUGACGAGAGUGACUCCGAAGGGAACAUGACUAAGCUUCUAGGAGUAUCAUGGCAUUCCUUGCCGACCAGAGCGAUUCGGACUGAACAUUUUCAACCCCUGAUAGCCCUACCUCCGCCUCACACACACCCGCCCCCAUAGUCCACAGCGACCUCACAUUCGUGAAAUCCUGCCUUAAUUA